AUGAACUCGAAGUAUCUCCUGCGCUGCACGCUCCUACUUGCCCAUCUCCUUCCUUGUCGGGCUAAAUAUUCCAGGCUUGUACAGCUGACAGACUAUGACACUGAUGCCCCGCUAGAUAUGAGAGCGGCGAGAUCAUUCACGCUAGAUAUGCAAGAGGAAGGAUCAUCAAGUCGAGGAUGUCUUCCAGGGCUACAAGCAAAACGAAAAAGCAAACCGAGCUGGACCAGAAAUCCUGAAGCAAACCGUAUCAAUGAAGCUGAAGUAGAGGAACUGAAUUUUUUCGUAGACAGGAUGUACUCGUCGAGAACCAGUUGCAAAUCGUUCCUAAGGGGUGAAGCUGGUGACAAGAAUGAUCCAAAACCGCCAGCUACAAUCGAAAAGUUUUACAAAGAAAACAUCUUAGCUCAAGAGCUGAUUAAUCAGUUCAACAAAGAUGUAGGGAAAGAGGAAACAGAAACAUCUCCAGAUUUGAACCGACUGAUCAACGAUGUGUUGACGCAGAUGGCUGAUCUGGCAGCUGAAAAACAAGCCCUCGUUUAUGUGCAAGCCAAGAUUCUGACUUAUGCAAAAGCACUUACCCAUAUUACUUACUCCGCAAAAAUCGAAGAUCAGAAACAGAAAGAACUCAUGAAUGCAAACAUUAAGGCCAUCAGUCGUAAAUGGAGUACGCGCUUUGGUUCCCACUCACACGACAUUACAUGCAUGGACCUCAUCAAUAGUUUACCUUACGUGUUCGAUUUCUCAGCCAGUCUUUCAAAGAAGUUUCCGUACAUUGAUCGUUAA